AUGGAUGAUUGGUCCUUAGCUGCCACCACACAAAUUGCACUACUACUCAAACUCAAUCUCUUCCCGCCGGCUGCUAGGCUAAUAAUCCUCGCCCUUUUCCUGGUCAUAUCAACCACGACCCUCCUCCUCAAAAGGUCGGCAAAGUCGAAACAACGAGCUGGGCCUGGGCGGCGUCCACCCGGGCCCAGGAAGCUCCCCGUCAUCGGGAAUCUGCACCAGAUGGUCGGGCCGUCUCUCCCGCACCGCCGCCUCGCGGACCUGGCCCAGGAAUAUGGCCCGCUGAUGCUGAUGGAGCUGGGCGAGAUCUCCUGCCUCGUCGUGUCGUCGCCAGAAUGGGCCAAACGGAUCAUGCAAACGCACGAUGCCACCUUCGCCGACAGGUCCACGCUGCCUGCCGUCGAUGUCAUAUUUUACGGCGGCCGGGACAUCGUCUUCGCGCCUCACGGCGAGUUCUGGAGAGAGAUGAAGAAGGUUUCUGUUGUGGAGCUGUUUGGCGCCGCGCGUGUCCGGUCAUUCCGCCCGAUUAGGGAACAAGAGACCGGUAAGCUCGUGGAAUCCAUCCGAGCACACACCAUUGCUUCCUCUUCCGCUACCAGCACCCCAGCUGUGAACGUGAGUCGAAUGCUCAUUUCCCUGGGGAACUGCAUCACUUCACGCGCUGCGUUUGGGAAGACUGGUGACCAGAAACAAGUUGAAGCUGUCUUACCAUAUAUAGAAGAGAUCAUUGAGACACUGGGAGUGUUCAGCCUUGUGGACGUGUUCCCUUCCAGCAAGUUGCUGCGUUUCAUCACAAGGUUCGACACCAAACUGAAGAAGCUUCACGCUGCAGCAGAUGCCAUCAUGGAAACUAUAAUCAGCGACCAUGUUGCAAAAAGAUCGUCAGCAAAACAUGACGACGACGAUGAUGAAGAUCUGGUUGAUGCGCUCUUGAAUCUCAAGGACAAUAACGAUCUCGGAUUCCCUUUCACCAACGUUGAGAUUAAAGCUGUGAUCUUGGACAUGUUUAUUGCUGGAAUGGCAACGUGGGCCGUCUUGACGGAAUGGGCAAUGUCAGAACUCAUGAAGAACCCAAAAAUCAUGGAGAAAGCACAAAAAGAGGUGCGGCAAGUCUUUGAUAAAAAAGGACAAGUAGUAAACGAGGCGUUGCUCGAUGAACUGCACUAUCUCCAAUUAGUUAUAAAAGAAACUCUGAGAUUACAUCCUCCCGGUCCUUUCACGAUUCCAAGGAAAUGUCGUAAAACCACAGUCAUUGAUGGAUAUGAAAUACCAGUUGGCACGAGAGUCUUCAUCAACAUAUCAGCUCUUGGUCGAGAUCCCAACCACUGGACUGAACCCGAAACAUUUAACCCAGAAAGGUUCCUCAAUAACCCCAUCAAUUACAAUGGACUAGAUUUCAAUUUUGUCCCAUUCGGAUCGGGUCGAAGAAUGUGCCCAGCCAUUCAAUACGCAACCACUAUUGUCAGUUUUGUACUGGCGAAUUUACUUUAUCAUUUUGACUGGAAGCUCCCAAACGGAAUGCGGCCUGAAGAUAUUGACUUGAAGGAAAAAUCUGGACUGGAAGUGAGAAGGAAAAACAAUCUAUUGCUCAUUCCCAUUCCGUAUUACCCUAAUUAA